AUGGGAGUGUACGGCGCUCUGAUAGUGAAAAAGAAAGACGAGGUCGAAGCCGCCGAACACGUCGUGAUGAUCCAGGACUAUAACAACCGCUUCACGUUUCUAGACCUUCACACUCAGGGACUCUACGGGAUCUUUUACCCCGGGGGAGCAAACUUCUUUCCCGUGCGACAAAUUGACGGCACCAUUUCCUCAGUCAUGGAAAUGACGUCAUCAUUGAUCAACGGACGUGGGCGCAUUAUGAAUGGUGCAAAUGACGUCACGCUGACGCCUUUAACAGUGUUUACUGUCGUCACCGGAACAGUGUAUAGGUUAAGAAUCAUCAAUACUGCGACCAUUCUCCAGUACGUCUUCUCUAUCGACGGCCACAAGCUGACGGUUUUGUCAGUUGACGGUAAUGACGUCAAGCCGUUCGAGACUGAUCGAGUCGUACUGCAUACUGGGGAGAGGUGUGACGUCACCAUACAAGCGAACCAACCCGUUAAAAAUUAUUGGGUGAGAGCGGAAACGUUGCGAAUUGAAAGGCAAAAUCACGUGUAUGCCAUUUUGAGAUAUUCUGGAGCAAACAUCGAAGAUCCGACAACCGUACCGACGACGUGCACGAUAGAGAAUCCUUGCACCGUGUUUAACUGCCCAUUUCUCACAUUCCCUGGAUGGUCAUGCAAAUCGAUGGAUAGCGUGGAGACCCCUUCCGCUGACCCUGUACCUACAGCGGAUGAUGGCCCAUUUAAGGAAUUCUUUGUCAACACGGGCUUCAUGUUUUACGGAGGGAAGAUGGUAGGACAAAUGAACGGCGUUAACAACAUAAUGCCAAAAGUGUCCGCGCUGACGCAACCUAAUGACGUCACUGGGACCUGUGACCAGUUUAGUGAUUGCGGCGCGGAGAAAAUGUGCACAUGCACACAUGUAAUCAGCGUCAAUAUGGGCGACGUCGUUCAACUGAACUUCCUGAACAACGGACUAUUUGCGAUAGCGCAUCACUCUGUGCAUACGCAUGGCUACAUUUUUCGGUUACUCAAAAUCGGAAAUCGUCUAUCAAAUGCAUCGUGGACGAGUCCCAAUGACGUGAAUUUGGGGGAUAACGAGGAUGUAGACUGCCGGAGCGCACAGCGUGCGACUGCUGUCUGCAACAACGCAACAUGGGCUAAUCCAUCAUGGCGGAACGGUAACAUCCCCGGGAUCAAAAUGGACCACGCCGUGUGGAAGGAUACAGUCACAGUUCCCGCGGGAGGCUAUGCGGUUAUACGGUUCAAGGCCGACAACCAUGGACUGUGGAUGGUUCACUGUCACAUGGAGUUGCACAGCACGGCCAUGGGUCUGGUGGCACUAUUUAAAUAG